UCUUUUUUUUGCUGCAGGGAGUUUACCCACUGUGUCAGUGUCAGUCCCCGCCCAUGUCCCAAUAAACCGGUGGAACAGGCUGCAGGAGCUGAAUUGCCCACUCCUGUUCCUCCCAGGUGAAGGGAGCGGUAAAAGGUGGAAGGAGCAGAGCAGCGAGUCCGCGUUGCAUUUCUGCGAAAAGGAACACGGAGCGGAUUUGUACCCUGAACAGAGCCGAAGGGGUCUGUGGGGGUACACAUCUAGAGAUCGACGAAAGGGGGGCGGCAGAUCUACAGCACUUGCCCAGGAUGGCGCUGAAGAUGGUGUGGUUGACCCUUGGAGUGGUCAGGCUACUGUGGUGCCUCACUCCGCAAACUGGUUAUAUACAUCCUGAUGAAUUUUUCCAGUCUCCCGAGGUCAUGGCAGGUGAUAUUUUGAACCUGAAAACUUUUCGUACCUGGGAGUUCAAUACCAACUACCCCAGCAGGUCGGUCCUGUUCCCUUUAGUGACAUCUGGCUUUUCCUUCACAGUCCUUAAAACUUUACACAAUUCCAAUCUUUUUGGCAGCAUCGUGAACAGCUACAGCUUGUUGGUUGUCCCUAGGUUCUUCAUGACGUGCCUGUCCUUUCUAAUAGACUAUGUGAUCUACCGUCUGUCCCGUCUCUGGGGAGCAAACCCAUGGAAUGCUUUAGUGCUGCUCAGCAGCUCACAUGUGAUGUUGGUCUUUUACACCAGGACAUUUUCAAACGUUAUAGAAGGAGCUCUGUUUGCAUUACUGCUGUUACUAGUGGCAAUGGAUGUGAAGCCUGCGACUGUGACACAGCAUCACAGGGCACAGAAGAAGAGAAACCAUAAGCAUCUCAUUGGGAUUGUUUUAAUCUCUGGCUUCUUCAACCGACCCACGUUUAUCGGCUUCGCUUUGGUGCCAAUGCUGACCUGGCUUUCUCGUGAUCAGGGUGGCAAAUUUCGAUUCAAUUUAAAAACAAUAAUACUGAAUUCAUUUGGUAUUUUGUCAUCAAUGAUUGCAACCAGUUUUAUUUUCAUUUUGACAGAUGCUGUAUAUUAUGGUUUGUUGCUCUUUAACAGUGACUGGGCUUUGACAGAUGAGAAUGCUAUCUACAAGUUUAUUGUUAAAAUCAGCCAGCAUCUAGUGAUAACUCCUGUCAAUCUCAUUAUGUAUAACUUGGACCCGAAAAGCCUUGUUGCACAUGGCAGCCAUCCCUGGUUUACACAUCUGACUGUUAACAGUCUCAUGCUCUUUGGUGUCCUUCAUUUCUCAGCCGUUGUAACCAGCAUCCAAAUGGUAACUGGCAAAUUUGCCCACAAAGCUGGCUCUCAGAAACAACAAUGGGAAAAUAAAUUGGCAGCACAGUUUCCUGCUGUUUCUCCAUUUACUGGGUAUAUAGUGUUAGUCUAUUUUGUGCCAUUGUUCAUUUUAUCUGUGUUCAGUCACCAAGAAGCACGGUAUAUUAGUCCACUCAUCAUUCCCCUGGUCAUUCUCACUGCUCCAAAAUAUGAGCUGGUCAGGUGGAAAGUUGUAGUUGUGAUGUUUAAUGUCUUUGGGUCAGUGCUGUUUGGUUGUCUGCAUCAGGGCGGCCUAAUUCCUUGUCUGUCCUAUUUAGAGAAAACCCUGCAUUCAAACACUCCAAUAGUUGACCAGCACAAGCAUAAUUUGGUGUUUUACCACACAUACAUGCCUCCUCGAUAUUUGCUGAACAUCAGAAAAGACCAGGAUUCUGUCAGAAUCAUUGACUUGGGAGGGGCUGAAGUAUCUGUGCUUCACAAGACAGUGUCAGAGUUACUUGAUGAUGUUUCUUUCAAGCACAUUGGGAGUGACCAAGAUAUGAACAUCUACAUUGUUGCUCCUGGCACUGUUCAAGAAGUUGUUAAGAAUUCUGGUUUAUCAUUGCAAACAAUUGCAUCUUUUUUCCCUCAUUUAUCCAUGGAAGAUCCUCCUGAUUUAUCUUCUCUUCUUUCCAAAGCUGGACUGGACCAGUUAAACCUUUACAUUUUCGAAGUGCAUGCGACACCCAAGAACUCAGAGUUCUGAUGGGUGUCUUUCUCAUUCUGCUGUUUACUGUCUCUAGUCUGAUGUCCUUUGCAGUGUAACUGUUGGUAGAGAUUAACUAAUGUACAGUAUUUGUGACUUGCAUUUUUUGAAAAACAAAGUGAACUAUAUUUUGUAUUUGUGCUAAAAAAAUUGUGCUGAAGCAACUAGAAACUGUGAUCUUAGAACCUGAAGCUAACAGAGAAUAAGAACAGCAAACAGAUUCAUUGCUUUGAUUCAGAAGGGUGAUGCAGUGUAAAAAGUACUUAAUUCACCACUUGUGCAACUCAGACAUCAUGAAAUGGGCAUUAAAAAUAGAUAUCAAAAUAGUUAUGUGAUUUUAGCAUAUCAAAACAAUUCAAGUGCAGUUCAGCCUCUACAUCAUCCUAAGUGAGUUGUUCGGUGCUCUGACACAUUCAGAAUUUAAAAAAAAAGUCUUUGUGCAUUGAUGCUCCAAUCCCUUGAAGUUAUUAUGCUCUUAAAUUACAGGCGACUCUUGACACUGUCUCAUCGUUUGUCGAUAUGUUGCUCCUUCCAUUUCCAUACAUCUUAUUCAAGUUUCUUGGUCUCACACAUUAUCUUCUAACACUUUCAGAUGGCUUUCCCCAACAAAAAAAAAUGUUCAAAGUAAAUGCUUGACCAUUGAAAUAGGUGAUAUUUCAAUAUAUUUAAUGGGGGGGUGGAAUGUGAUUUCUUUUUUGUUUCAAUUUUAUAGAAUUCUAGAUAUGUGUAAGUAUAUAUUAUUAUAUUAAAUGUGUACAUUGUUUUCAAUUUAGAUGAACAGACUAUGUGAGUAAAUAGGGAUGGUGCCUUUAUGCCUUUCAUGGUAGGUACAGUUUUAUAAGUAGGCUGGGAAUGGUGCUAAUAACUGCAGAGUAUGUGUGGGGACGAGACACUGUGAAUCCACUGCCUGGUGGGCAUCUUGUCAAUUUCAUUCAAUGUAAACCACCCUAAUGUCUGGAUGAAUGUUUGAAUGAAAAUUCAAGCAUUAAAGAAAUUGUUUACUCAUCAAUACUCUUAUUAAAUAUAUAUUUGAGUUAAAAA